CUCCGGUUGCUAAGUAACGCUCCCUAACUACAAACGCGGAUGGUGGGAUAUGCUAAACCAAACUCUUAGCAUUUCUGUUGACGUAUUUGGUUGUUGAAACUAACUACUGGCAUAUUUACCUCAACACCUGAGUUAAUGACCAGACUUGUUGUUUUUCUAACGGUUUAACAAUUUCGCAUUUUGUUGUUUAGCUAGUUACACAUACCUGUACAGUUUUAAUGGGAUAACGUUAACUUUCAACCGACAUGGACCUGGAUAUACGUCAGUAUCUCACCAAGGCCAAUGAGCAACAAGACUCUGGAGCUCUGCAGUCAGCGUACAGUUUGAUCACGGAGAUGAGAGCAGCUGGAAGCAGCGGACGAAUUCCACGUAGUGCCCCAGAGUUGUACGUCCUGUGCGCGGAAGCAGCACUACAGCUGGGUUGUUUGGAGAUAAGCGCAGCGUGUCUAAAGAUGUACUUUGAAGGGAAUCCGCCAGCCAAUCAAUUUAUGUGUCGAGCCUACCUCUGCCAGGGUCAGCAGAAGACUCCGCCGGCCACUGGGAGUGUGGAGGACUUUGAGGAAGCUGUGUUGUAUUUUCUUAAAGCAAUUGAAAUUUCAAAGCAUGAGCCAAGAUACCACUUCAUGGUUUUCAAUGCCUCCGUGCUGUACUUCCAGACAGUGCGUCCUCUCCUGCAGCCAGGGCGGUGCCUGCACCUUGUUUCCUCCCUCAGGCAGGUGGUCCAGAGUCUGGAGGAGGUGGCAGACCAGGACCACAGCUGGAGGGCUGAACUCAUGAUGCACCUGAUUGAAAGUCUUGUGGACUCUGGGAAAAUGGAGGAUGCUGGAAGUUUUGCCAAAGUGACAGAAGAAUUCAUCAAGACACAUACUCCACAUCUUUAUCCAAAACUCUUUACCUUGCUGGUACAACACAAGCUGUCUGAGAAUGAUAUCCUCCUUGAAAUGAGCAGGCAGUGUACUACCUUGGCGAUCAUUUACAAAAUACAGCAAUUUAAAAGUGGGUUGGAAGAAAUAAAAGAGGAUGAGCUUGCAAAAAAGGAUUCGGACAAGCUUGAGGAGAUUUUCCAUCUCCUGGUGGAUUGCACAAAAGCAUCGUCUAUGCCUGUGAAUUCGAUUUCUCUACAGAUUACACCCAUCCAACCAGCCGACAGAGUUUCCUUCCUCCUGGAGUUGGCUCUGCUGGCCUUGCAAGCGAAACAUCAGAAAGUAGCUGCCGACUGUUUGAAAGAGCUCAAGUCGGUGGAAGAGGCUAGUAUUGGCCAACGCAUAAUAAUGGAGUGUAUCAACUGUGAAAUCAACCUCCUGAAGAAAGAGGCGAAGAUGAAUGACUAUUCCAAAGCCAGUGUGGAGGCCCGGCUGAAGGAGAUAGGAAAGCUGGAUCAGUGGCUGCAGACUGCAGUGAGAGAGGGAGAUCCCCGGGCCGUGCAGGCAGUGUGUGCUACCCAGUGGAGUUUCUGCCUACCCCUCUUACAGCACAACCUCAGGAGACACAUUAAGACACCUUUGCUCAGAGUGGCCCAAAUACUGGAAGACACACAAAGCAUGUUGUUGGAAACACGCUGUCAGGUCCACUCAGAGUUGGCAGUGAUUGAAGAGGAGGAGGGACGCCUUGAGGCUUCGUUGACUCACCUUCAGAAAGCCAUGCUGUUGGAUAAUGGGACACAACAGGAAAGCCUGUCGUCAGCUUUCCGCCUCCUGCAGCUCAGAGGGACCCUCUACCAAACACCCUCCCAGACCGAGGAUAAAGCGGCUAUGCUUAUGCAGCAGGCUAGGGACCUCAAGCCUGAAGAUAAUACAGACAGUCGUCCCAUCCUGGUGGAUGUAGGUCUACUCUUGGCCCCUGCUUAUUUCCAGAUGGUGCUGGAUGCAGACAACACCUCCAAAGUUCCUGUAGGCAGUGUUGGAUCUGGACCAGCGGCUCAGCUCUCUGCUGAGGCUCAGCAUCACUCUGCAUCUGUACAGAUGGUGGAUGGACACCUGGCUAGACAAGCAGAGAACACAGACAACACAGAGAGGGUGAAGUUGUGGGCAACACUAGUAAAGACAGCCAGGAAACAGGAAGUUUGGGAUGUGUGCCGAGCUGCUUGUCGAUUCUGUUUGCUGUAUGAUGAUGGGAGAUGGAAGAUAUCAAAGGCUGACAACUGUAGAUGCUCAGAGGAAGAGAGCUGCGCAGAGUGUCUUCACGGUUGCGAUGGAAGCCAAAGCUCCGUGAGGAACUUGUUGCGCCUUUUGGCUGAAAUUUACUUCAUCAGUGCUGAGGCCACCAUCCAAAAGCUGCAGACCAAGGGGGUGCAGCUCAACAGCCCUGCUGUCCCCCAACAGGAGAGAGGGGUUUGUGUGUCUGAGGAGGAUCCAGACUGGAUUAUUUACAGAGACUGGAUCCAAGCCCUGUCUGCCUACGCCACCUCCAACUUCUUGCGGGCAGCAGAGCUCGGAGCAGAGAUCAGGGAGCCGUGGGUGACGGCAAAUGCAGCCAUUUACCUGUGGAACUACAGUAACCACUUGCUGGCAGCUGGGGAGUACCAACGCCUCCUUCCCACCUUCCAGAGCCUGGUGGAGAUGCUCCGAAAGACAGAAUACACUGGGAAUCGUGCUCUGUUUGUGCUGCUGUGUGAUGCUGUGGCCCGAGGGUUGAUCCAGCCUCUGUGUGGACCAGACAGCGGUGAGCCAGCCCCGACAGGAGACAAGGGCAAAAACAGAACUGAGAAAGGGAUGGAAAAGGCUGCCAGUGUCCAGGGUGUUUUCUUAGACCCUGCUGCCCUGCAGGAUGUCCGCAAAGCAUUAGAGCUGUGUGAUUACGCCCUUCGCAUGUCCAACUGCAACAUCUCAGGGGAGACUGUUCCCAUCGCAGCGAGGAAACAGGUGGUGGCCACAUGGGUGCAGCUUAAAAGGCUCUUGCAACAACAGAUUGGAUCAAAGAUGGACACAGAUGAUGAGUGUAAGAAUGAGGAAGUGUUGGCGAUGACACGUGUGCUGGUUGGAGUGGAGAUGCUUCGGUGCAAUAGGAACCCGAGGCAUAUGGAGUUCUCUGUUCCCAGCUUCUCCACACUGGUGAGCAUGGCAUCUGAAUGCAGCUGGAAUGAUGCCGUGGUGGAGUUGCAGGUGUGGUGCCAGCUGGCUGCCUUCUGUCACUAUGCCAAGGACCACAGCUUGGUGUUGCUCUGCACCAAGAACGCUCUGCAGCUGGAAGAAGCAGCAGCAGAGUGCCUCAACACCAUGCCUUGUGUUUUGUAUGGCUUGCCUGCAGUGAAUGAGAUGCUGAGCAGUGCAGCCUGUAUGAGCGGUUUGAGCUUAAUCCAUGAGUCCAGUGGAGAUCUGCAAAGUUACAGAGAGGCUAUGAACAUGCUUCUGUUCAGUGUCAGCUAUGCAGAGAAGGCUGAGAAUCCAACAUUAUGUGUAGCAGCUGCCAGGCAUUACUGGAACACUUGUCUACCUCUGACACACACUCCUGAGGAAAGAUGCCAGCUCAAAGAGCCCCUGGAGAAGAUUCUGAAUGCACUGGUCCAUACCAACACUAAACAUAAAAAUAAACAUGGCAAAGUGAAAGGCUUGCUGACCUUGACAGCACUUCGUCUUGAGAGUUCAAAACCUGAAGCAUCAAAAGAAGGCGACCUGAUCCUGAAAGUAGAAAUUUACAGUUUGUUGCUCCACAUCCACAUUGAUAGAGCAGACUGGAAGGGUGCCCUGCAGCUGCUGGAUAAAGCUAUUGGAGACCUGCCUCACACCAGACACCGGCUACCUCUGCUGAAACAUCGUAUACAGGUGAAGGCGCGACUGGGGGAAAGCGUACUGAUGGACAUGCAGAAGUUACAACAUGAGGGAGAGCAGUGCUGUUCAUUUAUGUGGCACCUGGCGGCACUGUGUGCCAGCAAUAUAACCCAACAGCUGACCUACUACCAGAAAUCUAUCACCUCUCUCUUGAGUGCAGAGACUCAGUGUCAGAAGGUCAGCCUCCUGCUGGAGUUCGGAGAGUGGCUGUACUGUCACAACUUCCCUAAAGCAAAUGCUCAACACCAGGUUCAGUGGGCCAUAGACAUCCUUCUGCACAUGGAAACAAAACAGGCAGAAGGUCCAGAGGACAAGUCAGAAAACAGGAAUACAAGCUCAGUGAAAUGCGAGUCCCUGGUAGGAGUCCAGGGAUUGUCAUUCACACAAAGCUUGUCUAAUCUGAGGGAGGUGCAGCGCCUUGACAGCUUGGUACGAGCACACACUCUGCUGGCUGUCAUGGCAGACAGAACUUCACCUGAGCACCAGCUUAACCUACUCAGAGCAUACACCUUUGUACUCCUAAUAUGGCAGGUGUCCAUGGCAGUGGUUUGUGAGAUUUCCAGUGAGUUGGCAAAGAGUCAGCCAUCCCAACCUCCUCCCUCUGCUGGAUCCAAAAAAGGCAAAGACAAGGGCAAAGGCAAAAAAGUGAAAGAUCCUCCACCUGCUGAUGAGAAACCUAAACCUGUUGUCUUGGAUCAGGCACUUCCUUCCACCCCGGGGGACUGGGCUUGCUACAUCUGUCCUGAUCAGGCCAGGGAGAUAUUCCGAACCAACAGCAACCCCCAGUGUAUCAACAUACACAGCAUUACAAAGCAGACUCAGAGCCUGUUUUAUCUGAACCUGCUGGAAAAGGAACUCCACUCGCUCUCACUCAGCCACCUGACGCUGCCCAUACUGCACCUAGCUGAGGCCUUUGCUCAUGACCUCUUGGACAGGAGGAGCCUCUCUGACCUCUACCGACUCAGAAUUGUGAGGACCUGCUAUCUGCUGGGCAUGGAGACUCAUUCACCAUAUCAUGAGAAGCUCCUGAAUCUAAGUAGAAUCCAAGAACAAGAACAAAUGGGGUCCCACAAAGCCAUGGCUCUUUCACAGGAGAGGAGAAAACUUCACAAUCAGAAAGCUGAGAUGGAUGAAAAGGCUGGGUCUUGGAGACAGAGUAUGGAUGUGUGUGCUCAGGACAUUUGGCUAGACAAAGCUGAGGUUUGCCUCAGCAUGGGGCUCUAUCAACCAGCCAGAAAGCUCCUGGCAGAGUCCCACUUGGUGGCUGUGGAGCUUGGAGACCAGAUUGCCAUGGCAAGAAGUUUGCUCAGUCUGGCCACUUUGGCUUGUGAAGAGCAGAACUAUGCCCAAGCUCUGAUCUUGCUGGAUAAGGCCCAAGCCCUGGGAGGGGAUGAAGAGUUCUGGAACCAGCUCACCCUCACUAAGGUCAGAGCUGUAGUAGGCCAGAGAGACCAGGAUGCACAAACCAAGACUGAUCAGAUUAUAAAACAAGGCUGUGGGGCUUUAAAAUUGGUUCUGGAGCAGCGUGUAAACAGACUCCCAGAACUCACAUUCUUGAUCACAUCAUUAGAGAUGAGGGGUGCCAUUGAAUGUAUAUGUGCCACUGGUGAUACUGAACCUGGAGAGACGCACUGCACAGAGGCUGUCCAGAGGCUAAUAGCUGCCUGUGAUAAACUCAAACAGUGUGCCAGUGGUUUCACUAAACUCAACUACAGAGAACAGGCUGCAAAGAGUAAUGCAGAGUGUGCACGUGGUCUGAGAGUCCUAGCCAACUGUACUACUGAUACACAGGAGAAAUGGCGCUUCCUGCUCAAUGGCCUCUCCCACAUUCAGUUUGCGAUCACGGAGCAGGAACACGUAGUGCUGAAUGCUCAGAGCCUGCUCCCCGCUCAGGAGGAGAGUCAUGGACUCUCACUGUUGGCCAUGCGGAGGCUGCUACGCCUACGACUGGCCCUGGCAGAUUUUUGCCUGGCGAUGCUGGAGGAGCACUGUGAAGAGGAGAAACGCCAAGCUCUGGCCCGUGAGAGGAAGACCUCUGCUCAGAUAGCACUAGAGGAGUUUACGCACUGCACACCUGAGCCUAACUCUGUAGAACAGGAUUGGUUGAGCGUGGGUAGUACUUUGGGGCAGUUGACUCUGGGCCAGCUGGCUGCAGUCAGCGCUCACUCCCUGGACAACAUGGAGACCAGAGCUCGCUGCCUGGGUUUGAUAGGGAAGAACCUGAGACUGCUGGCUGCGCAGGAGGACCCCAUUUAUCUGGCUGCUCUCUGGGACACAGACAAACAGAAAGAAGCCUGGUCUGACCCCAAAGUCGCCUCCGGUGUGGAGGAGGAUUCAAAGAAAGAGAAAGAAUCAAGCAGAAAAGAACCAAAGAUGACCUCUGCCAAAAGUGCUGAGCUGCAGAGAAGGAGGUGUAAAGCUCAGCAGUUGUUGGCCCAGGCCAGGAAGGCACUGGCUGAAGCUGUCAGCCUGUGUCUCCAACACAAGCUUCCUGCCCCCAUCCUGGCUGAUGCCUCUCUCAACAUGUUGGAGUGUCAUGGCCAGUCGGAUCCUGGAGUGGCAGGUCAAUAUCUCGCCAUGUUUCAGAGCUGCUGCACUGUUGCUGUAAUGGCUGAGGUCCUAAGUUCCGCCUGUGCUGACACCAGUGCGUCCCAGCUCUCGGCUCUUUUCAGCCUCCACAGGAAACUGCUCCUCUCUGAGGAGGAGAGGCCCAGCAGCAUGCUGAAGGGAGUAGAGGACUCCCUCAACAGCUUCUCCAAGGCCUUCAGCCAACUGACCAUCAAUCCCAACCACCUAAACAUCCUUCCAGAGCUUCCACCCAACCUGAAAAUCCUGUUGCUUCAGCACUCUGAAGAUGGGUCAGAACUUUAUGGAGCUUUCUAUGAGAUGACCAAAGCUCUAGAAAAUCAAAAAGGAAAGACUGUGCAAGUUACAGGUACCCUGACAUGCUCUAGGGUGGUCAAGGUUUCAGUCUGCCCGGGGGCUCUGCUGGCACUUAGGGAGCAGGUUUGGGCCUUUGGCCAGGAGACCAGACCUGCCUUCCUUAAAGAAGCCUGUUGGCACAGUACUGAGGGCAGGCAGGAGGCCCCUGACAAGCAUCAGAAAACUGCUGCAGAGAACAAGUUAGCACCUCGCUUCAGAAAAAUUGUACAAGAUAUGGAAGAUUAUUUGAAUCCCCUUCUCAGGCAGUUCGACUUCUCUUGCUUAAGGCCCCAGGCUGCAUCAGUACCAGUCCCUGAGAUGGCCAAAACCAAAGAUAAAGAAGAGAAAGGCAGCUCAGGUAAAGUUAAAGUACCAAUGGAACCACGGGAGUUUGUGGUGUUGCUGGCAGACAGAAAGCUGAUGGAGUUGCCACUGGAAGCUUUAUCUUUCCUGCAGGAGGAAAGCCUGGGCUCUGUGUCCCGAGACUUCUCUCUCCAGCUUCUUCAUAGUCGCCUGCACAGAGAAGAGCCAGAGAAAGUUGAAAGUGACAACAAAAAGGAGACCAAAGGUGGCAAAGGAACCAAGGGGAAGGGAGAUCAAAGCCAAGCCAUCAAAGUGAUACCUGCCAAUCGUGUCUUGCCUCCUAACACCUUUCCAGUGGACACACGUAACUUCAAAUAUAUUGUUGACCCUUACAAUGAAGGCAACUUUGAAGGGACCAGUCUGUGCAAGAGGAUGAAGGAGAUUUUGGAAACCCACAGCCAGCAUUGUACCCAUCUGUGGGAGGGCAUCAUGGGCAGCAAACAAACACCCAGUCUGUCUGAGAUAGAGCAGCUUCUGUACAGAUGCGGUGGCUUCAUUUACCUGGGGACAGAGCGCUUCAUGGCAAACAUUCCACCUGCCAAACUAGCAGCCCUCAAUCUGUCUGAGUGUCACAUGGCUCUGCUCUUUGACCUGGUCCAGAACAAUGCAAGUGUUCUCCGCCAAUCAGACCUUAACAUGCACAAGAGUGCUGGACAGUUUGCCUUGGAGAAACCCCUGGAGACUGCUCUGCUGUUGAGUUUGAAUGGCGUGAGCUGUAUUGUCCUCAACCAGUGGCACAGCAGCCUUCAACAGAACACACGCAAUAUGGCUACUGUUCUUGACAAUCUCUUGAGGGUCAGACAGACCUCUGGCCAGACUGUUCAUACCUUGAGGAAAGGGGACUUUCACAGUUCAGAGAUACCACAUCACAAUGGUACAGGAUCAUACGAUCAAAUGCUCCUCACUGAAGAUGAUGUUCAACACAAAACAACUCUCACACCAUCAGCCUUCAACUGUAUACUUUAUGGACUCCCUAACUUAAUUGUCACAUAAUAUGCUGGAUACCCUCAAUUAAUUUCUCACUUAUAUUGCACAGUUCAAAACAAUUACUGGCAUAAAUGUCAGCUGGAUUUGAAAAAAUUGCUGUAUGCGAAAAACUAUGAAGACGAAAACAUUUCAUAAAAGAUUCUUUACUUACAUUCUCCACUGAGUAAUUUUACAAGUCAUUUUUGCACUUGAUGUUUUUAAUAUUGUUUCACCGUACACAGCCGAAGUGAGAUACAAAUAUCAACAUGUCUGGCUCCAUAAACUGAGACUAUAGCUCUCAAUGAUCUAGGAGAGUGUAGCUUUCAGAGACUCCCCCUAUUAUUAAUGUAUUAUUAAAAUAGCAACGUUACAGCUGAGGAUUGUGCUGACAUGUUGUACCUUCAGGAUCUCUGCCUUGCAGAUAACACUGAAUAUAUUGAGUGUGUAGAGUAGAGUGUCUGUCCACAUCAGUCACUAUGAUUUUCAUUGCGUCAUUAAUGUGUGCCAGCAUCAGACUUUAUCAAACUGAAUGUGAGAAAUGAUUUUGGAAAUAAACAGUUUGAGAGGGCUGACAGCCCUGCUGUAACAGGACAAGAAUGGAUGAAAUCCUACAAUAAAAGGUCUCAGCUAGA